GUGUAUUGCGACGUCUGCCGGGAAAGUGCGACUUCAAAAAAAGUUAUUGAGCUAAAUGUCAUCUCUUUAUUUGUUUUGAUUAUCUGAAUUAAAAUUUACGACUUUUGUUAUUCUGACUAAGAAAAUUCUAAAAAUUUUGUAUUGCAAAUAUUGUUUUUUCAUUUGAGUAAAGAAAAAUUUGUACAAAUUUCAUCCGUUAUAAAUACAAAUCACGGAAAUGGUCUGCGUACCGUGCUUCAUCAUUCCUGUGCUGCUGUACAUCUGGCACAAAUUUAUUCAACCAAUUGUACUACCAAUUAUACAGCGUUAUUGGAAUCCUUGGGAGAAAAAGGAUGCCCAGGGCAAUGUAAUCAAAAAUACACCUGAAUUUCCAUUCGAAUGCAAAGGCGGCGCCUGUCCAUUCACUGGGUCUAAAAACAAAACUUUAGCUAAUGACGGAAGUGAAAAGUCAGCUGUUGUGAAGGACGCUGUGGACUUCAGCUCCAGUGGGCCAGAUGUAAAGAAAGAAAACUGAAAUACUAGUGCAAUUAGCAUACAUGAAUAUCUGUAUGCAACACAUAUUUUAAAACAUAAUGACUAAUAAAAGAUGCAUAGACUUAGGGCUGGCCACAAUGAAGGCAAUUUAUGAUUACUAAAUAAUCAAGGGCAUACUGGGAUUGGUAAAUUUUUUGCACAGCUGCGUGCCAAGUGAAUUUUUUUAUUUUGCAUUUUAAAUAACUGUAUUACUAUAGCUUAAAAAAUUUAUUGUAAAUAAAGCUGAUAUUUAAAUUUAAUU